AGUCGCAAUUUGCUUGUUUGCACGACAGUCGACGAAUGUCUCGCACCGUGCUCGAUGGUUGGGUGACCGUAAUUGUUUACGAUCUGCGCUCGCCGUUGUCCGUCGAACGUUUAACGCUUGAGAAAAUAUGAUUUGAUUUCGUCGGUAUGGAACGACAAAGGCCAAAAACUCGCUCUCCGUCUGAGACCAAACACCCGGCCAAAAUAUAUGUUGAAGAACCAGAACCUAUAGACAAUGUGCUCAAUUCUUCUGCAGUGGAUGAUGUUGAAAAUGCUCUUCACGAAGCAUUCAAUGAUAUUUUUUUAAGUACAGAACUUUCAAAAGAAGUUAAUGAUAGUGUCAGUUAUUUAAAUAAUGACACUACUAAAAUAUCUGAUACAGAGAACGUUAUUGAAGAAUCUACAGCUAAAAAUAUAACACCUUCAUCUAUUCUACCGAUUUCAAUUCCUUGCUCUGUUGGUUCAUUACCAACUCCUUGUGCUCCAAUAUACAAUGAAUUAUGUAGUUCACCAAUUAAUGAAACACCUUUUGAAUCUUUAACUCCAUUUAACGAUGAACAACUGGCAGAAUAUUAUCAAAAUAAAUUAUUAUUUGGAUUACAAGAGUGUAUUGAAGAAUUUAAUCAUACAGAAUUAAAAUUUUUCCAAAUUUGUGAACAUCCACUUUACACAUUACUUCAAGAUUAUUUACAUGCAAGACUUAGACUUGAAAGCACUAAACAAGAAAUUAAAGAAUCAAAAUAUUCAUACGCUACACAUGAAAAACAUAUCUGGGCAUUAGAACCAGCCACAUAUACACAGUAUGGUGAAUGCCAAGUAAAUAUUAUUAAAAAAUGGUUUUAUUUGGAUAAGUUAACAUAUUCUAUCAUCAUAUACACCAGGGGUGGGCAACUGGCGGCCCGCGAGCCUUUUUUAUCUGGCCCGCGCUACAUUUUCAAAUUGCAUUAGGUAUAGGUAUUUUAAACUUUAUCGUCUAUACUCUGUAAUCUAUAAUGUAAUAGUCUAUACUCUAUCUUAUCUAUAUGAUAAUUGUUAUCUGGUAUUGAACAUCUUUAAAUGUAUAUUAAAUCAAAACAUAGAAAUCGACUUACAGAU